CAUAUAUAUUAAAUCCAUUAUAUGCGCACCGUUAUUUAAGCGACAAAGCUGUUUGGAAUAUCAAAGGAUUCCGGUCUGAAUCGUUAUUUCGCUGUUAUGCGAAUAAUCAAAAGAUUGACAGUGAGAAAGAUGAACUAAAAUUCGAUAAAAUGAAGCAAAGUAUCUACCUUCUGCUUGCAUUCUUAGCUUUUUCCAGUGGUGAAUUUAGCUCGGAAACUUAUCACAAUCAACGAGAACCCAAAAAUGAGAUAAAUCGCAAGGAUGAUAACGAAUCAAGAAACCGUACAACUCAAGACAAUUCUCCUUCUUGGUUCGAAUGUGAGAAACCAGGUUUUUACGCCGAUGAACACGAUUGUAGAAAAUAUUACAUAUGCGUGAGAGUUGAAAACAAACAUUCUAAAUUUCGUCGAUCUAUUUAUCAAUGUGACGCCAACAAAGUUUUCUCGGAUGUACAUAUGAAUUGUACGCUACCUCAAGAAAGCGGGAGAGCGGAAUGCGGUGGUUCUGUCUCUUCGGAGCAAGAAGAUAUUUCAGAGGAUAGUGGAACCGAAGAAGAUAGCAAUAUCUCAGACACUUCUAGUCAGGAAAACCGUGAAAAAAAAGAAUCAAAUUACCAAUACAACAGAUAUAACAAAACUAAUAAAAAUAAGAAAAACACUACUUACAAUAACAGAGAAAGAAAUAAUCGAAACAGAUCUAGAAGAAAUCAAAAUAAAAGAAAUAAAGAUCAUAGUAGCAGCGAAGAAAUCAGAGAAAAUGAAAACACCGAUCACAAAGACAGAGAAAAGCGUCGAGAUAGCAAAGAAACCAAGGAUAACAAUAAUUCUAUCAGCGAAGAUAAUAAAGACAUCAAUAAUUCUACACAAAAAGAUAAAAAAAACUCUAAAAAUAAAAAUAAAGGUAAAGAAAUCCAACAUAAACGCAAAAGUAAUAACAGUAGCAGUAGCAGUAGCAGUAGCAGCAGCAGCAGCAGCAGCAGUAGUGAAGAAAGCAACAAAAAAAACAAAGAUAAAGGAAAACACAAAAACAAAAGCAAAGAAAUCCAACAUAAAGACAAAAAUAAUAGUGGCAGUAGCAGCAGCAGUAGUGAAGAAAGCAACGAAAAGCACAAAGAUAAAGGAAAACACAAAAACAAAAGCAAAGAAAUCCAACAUAAAGACAAAAACAAUAGUGGCAGUAGCAGCAGCAGUAGUGAAGAAAGCAACGAAAAGCACAAAGAUAAAGGAAAUCACAAAAACAAAAGCAAAGAAAUCCAACAUAAAGAUAAAAAUAAUAGUAGCAGUAGCAGCAGCAGUAGUAGUGAAGAAAGCAACGAAAAGCACAAAGAUAAAGGAAAACAUAAAAACAAAAGCAAAGAAAAUACAAACAAAAGCAAUAGCAACAGUGAAGAGAACGCAGACAAAAAUACUUCCAAAGACAAAGGAGACCAUAGAGACAAAAAUAAAAGCAAAGAAAACACAAAACAUAAACACAAAGAUAAGAAUCAAAGCAGCAGCAGCAGCAGCAGCAGUAGUAGCAGUAGUAGCAGUAGUGAAGAAAGUAAGGAAAACACAACUCCAAAAAAUAAAGAGAAAAACGAAGAUAACCAUAAGGAUAACGACAAUAAACACAAUAAUAACAAUAAAUCUGAUAACAGCAGCGAAGAGAACAAUGAAAUCACAAAAUCACCACCACACUUAGACAGCAACGAAACCACUAAAAGUGAUAGUGAUAGCAAAGAAAACAUUGAUGAUAAUGGUGCAAAACUACCUUCAAGUGAGAAUCAGUCAAACGACACAGAAGAGAGUAAAAGCAAAGAAAAUAAUGAUGACAGUGAAGUAACAUUAAAACCUCCCAAAGAACAUCCAAAUACUAAAGAGGAGAGCAAAGAAAGCGAAGAUAGUAGAGCAAUACCAGAUCUUCCAAAUGAAAGUAAAGAAGACAAGAAAAGCAACGAAAACAGUAAAGAAAGUCUCUCAACUGAGAAACAACCAAAUGACAAAAAUGAUAGUAAAAGCAAGGAGAUUAGUGAAGAUGGAGGAGCAUCAGGAGAACUCCCGAAAGAGAAACAGUCAGAUAGCACAGAAGAUAGCACAAGUAAGGAGAAUGGAGAAGAUACAUCGCUGGAACAUCCGUCUGAAAACCAAACAGAUAACGAAGAAAACAAUAAAAGUAAGAACAGUGAAGAUAAUGAACCAAUACCUAAACCUCCGACGGAGAAACAACCAGAUAACAAGAGCAAGGAGAACGGAAAAGAUGGUGGAGCAUCACAAGAAUCUCCAAAAGAGAAAGAGUCAGAUAGUACAGAAGAUAGCACAAACAAAGAUGGUAGAGCAUCACAAGAAUUUCCAAAAGAAAAAGAGUCAGAUAGUACAGAAGAUAGCACAAACAAAGAGAACAAAGAAAAUAGUGAUGCAUCGCAAGAAGAUUCGUCUGAAAAACACUCAGAUAGCAAAGAAAACAGUAAAAGUAAAGAAACCAAUGAAGAUGAUGAUGUUACACUAAAACCUCCAACUAAUAAACAGCCAGAUAGCAACGAAGACAAGAAAAGCAAAGAGAAUAGAGAAGAUAGUGGAGCAAUACCAGACCUUCCAAAUGAAAAACAGUCGGAUAGCAUAGAAGACAGUGAAGAAAAUGGAAAAAGUCGUACUACAACGGUGAAAUCGCCGACUGAGAAACAGCCAAAUAAUAAAAACAGUAAGGAGAACGAAGAUGGUAGUACCUCGCAAGAACCUCCGCCUGAAAAACACUUAGAUAGCAAAGAAGAUAAUAAAAGCAAAGAGACCGUUGAGGAUGGUAAAGUAACACGAGAACCUCCAAUUGAGAAACAACCAAAUAGUAAAGAAGACAGCAAAAGCAAGGAGAACAGAGAAGAUGAACAGAGAAGUGAGUCAACGCUAGAACCUCCGACAGAGAAACAACCAAAUAGCAAAGAAGAUAAUAAUAGCAGGAGCAAGGAGAUUGGUAAGGAUGGUGGUGAAACGUCAGAAUCUGAUAAUCAGUCAAAUAGCAAAGAAAAUAGUAUAAGUCAAGAAAACCAAGAGGAUGGAAAAAUAACACCAGAAUCUUCGACUGAGAAACAGUCAGAUAGCAAAGAAGAUAGUACAAGCAAGGAGAACAGAGAAGAUAAUGAAACGCUAGAAUCUUCGAUGGAGAAACAAUCAGGUACUAAACAGAGUGGAAGUAGCGAAGAUAGAGAGAACGAUGGGCAAUCUAACUGCAAAGAUAGGAAAAGUAGUAGUAGCAGUAGUAGUGAGAGUGUGGCAGAUUGUGGAAACAUGAUAGAUAGUUCAAGCAUAGAAGUUUCAAGUAGUACAGAAGAAGUAGACGAACCUGUUUCUACGUGUACUGCUGAAGGUUUCUUACCUGAUCCAAAUAAUUGUACGAAAUUUUACAGAUGCGUUAAAGUGGGACAACAACAGUUCAACAAAAUAGAAUUUGUAUGUCCUCAUGGUACUGUAUGGGAUCAAGACAAAAUAAUUUGUAAUUUUGAAAGUGCUGUUAAGAAAUUAUCAUGCAAGAAGAAAGAAAAUAUGACUGAAAGAGAUGGAAAAAUUAAUAGCAUUGAAGAUGAUAAAAAUUCUCUCGAAUUUCCAACUGCUACUGAACUGCCGAUUUUAUCAACGACUCAAUCUGAAUUGUCUUGUCCUGUUGGAAAGUUAACUGGAGAGCAAAUACUUCUUAUUUGUCCUAGUGGUUUUCGACGUCACCCUAAAUAUUGCAAUCUGUUCUAUCAGUGUACUAUGACAAAGAAUAUAAAUGCUAAGAUUGUCAUGUUGAAGUGUCCUGAAGAUACAAUAUUUGAUGAUACAAGAAUACAGUGUGUGAAGGAAGGAAAGAUGCACAAAGUUCAGGAUGGAUAUACCAACUGUCAGAAGUUUAAUGUAUCAAGUGGUGAUAAGCACAAUUCAUUUGUGGAUGCUUCCACAAGAAGAAUGUGUCCUAGCCAAGGUCAUUUCCCUUAUUGUAAAUGUUGUUCAAAUGCAUAUUAUAAAUGCAAACGCAAUAAGUUGGGUAUUCUCGAAGGUUAUCUUGUUAAAUGUCCAAAAGGAUGGACAUAUUCAAAUAGUUCAAGACGUUGUGAACAUGCUAAGUAUUUUCCAAUGUGCCAACUUCCUGAAAAAGAAAAAGAUAGUCUUUCUAAAGGAUUGUAUAUUGACCAUCAAGAAACAUUUUACAUUGGUAGGAAGCUACCUUAUGGCAACUAUAGAAGAAAAUACAAGCAUCACUAUGUAUAAUAAAUUUUGACUACACUAUGAUCCAUAUGUAUUAAUAUAUAAAGGGGUAAAAAAUAUAACAGUCUUUAUAUUAAAAUGUUUCAUGUGCAACAUUAUUCGCUCUCGAUAUCGAUAUACUUAAAUAUACGAUAGAUAUUACACAAUAGAUAAUAUGUAUAUGUUCAAUUUCUCAAUAUGAUUAUUUAUUUUGCCGCAAAAGAAAGCCUCAUAAACAUCUCCGUCAUAAAAUAUUAUUACUGUCACGUCGCGUGCAACUCGAAAUAACAAUAACAUUAAUUUAAAAAA